AUGGCGAGGUCGGAAAAUAAUGUACAGGCCAAGCUGGUGGGUAUGUCCUCCUUUUAUCCUUCGCAUAUCUGUGGCUGUUCAGAUUCCGCUUUGUUUGGGAGAAGAGAGAGAGAGAGAGAGAGGAUGCGUGGCUUUGGGUGUUAUUGUUAAUCUCUCUCUAAAUAUUUCAACAUGAAUGGAGGAAGAGGUUGAUCAGAAAAAUUCCCAUCCAUUUUCUCGUCCGGAAUCUCCACAUUCUUCUCUCUUGGGCACUUCUAAAGAACUCUGAAACCUUGUAAUCUCCACGUCGAAGGCCUUCUGGAUCAAUUUCUAAAAACUCAUCCGCCUUUGGAUCUCCGUAGGUGCUCCUCGGCGACAUGGGGUUAGAGAGAGAGAGAGAGAGAGCGUGUGUGUGUGAGAGAGAGAGAAAGAAAGAGAGAGAUAGACGAUGCAUGGCUUUGGUUAUUAUCGUUAAUCUCUCUCUAAAACUUUCAAUAUUGCAACAUGAAUGGAGGAAGCGUUGAUCGAAAAAUUCCGAUCCAUUUCAACACGAGAUCGUUCAUCCCAUUCGAAAUCUCCAUAUUCUCUCUCUAACUCCUCUCUAAAAAAGGAAUAAUAAUCUGUAACCUUCUACUGUCCACGUCGAAGGUCCACUGGAUCAAUUUCUGAAAACACAGCCGCCUGUCGAUCUCCGCAGGUGCUGCUCGGCGAUAUGGGCACCGGGAAGACCAGCCUCGUCCUCAGGUUCGUCAAGGGCCAGUUCCACGACCACCAGGUAUCUCCCACGCUAUCCGUCCCCCUCUCCUCUCUACACGGCUCAGCGUGCAUGAAGUCAACGGCAGCGGUGGUUGACUUCAUCUGCAGGAGUCAACCAUUGGGGCGGCCUUCUUCUCCCAGACCUUGUCUCUCAAUGAAGGCACCGUCAAGUUUGACAUCUGGGACACGGCGGGGCAGGAGCGCUACCACAGCUUGGCCCCCAUGUACUACCGCGGCGCCGCCGCCGCCGUCGUCGUCUACGACAUCUCCAGCAUGGUGGGAAUCCCAUCUUACAGCUUCGCCUGCUUUUUCCAUUAACGGCCAUCUUCCUCGUCCUCUACCUGCGUACAUUCCAAGCUCUGCGAGAAGGCAUCAUCUUCCAUUGCACCCACCAGAGGGUGCUGUCUGCGACAGAUCCAGGCUCCGAUUAUUCACAUGAAUUCCUUUAGGUUCUGCAUGAUUUGCACUUGAAUAGGUGAUAAUCAUCCAAUCAUCAUCCUCUCGGUAGCUAAAAAUAGCAUGUCCCAAGUGCUUUGAGAAAAGCUGCUUGCAGUUCAUCUCGAAGAACUCGCCCUGCGAGGGACGUUGCAGCUUCCCAAAGUAGUCAGAGAUCUACGCCGCUGCAUGAUUUUUCUUGAUCGCCGAGACAGAUUCCACUCGACUCGUAUGAACUCGCAAGUGAUUGAUUGAUUGAAUGAUCACCGGUUCGUUUCUCGCAAUGGCCUCAAUUUUUCAGGAGAGUUUCGUCCGGGCCAAGAAAUGGGUGGAAGAACUUCACCUACAAGGUCAGCCAUUUUUGCCUGAUAUUUUUCUAGCGGAAAAAGAGAAAAUCUUUUCAAUGCCCGAUUUUUCUUUUCAUAGUAAUCGCCGUGAAUCUGAAUGGGUUUCAUUUGCAUGCAUCCGUGCGUUGUUUUACGUAUAAAAUAGUGUAGAAUCGAAUGGACGUGUUACUUGUAGGAUCGACCGACUCAGUGUUGGGCCGCUGUGGGUUGAGGUUACUCGCUGACUUUUCCACCCAUUGACUCUAUCAACAUGUUCCAAGUCAACAGUCGGGGGGCGGAUUUCUACUUUUGAAUGUUUGUCCUUUUAUGCGAAUUGGUCUUCGCGUGUGGGUAGAUGAGGUUCAUAAGGAUUCAUUGUCGGAUGAUUCCGAAUUGGGCUGCCUAAGCUUUGACCUAGCUUCCUUGUGGACCCACCCUUUUAGUCAACCGUGUGCGUAGUAAUCUAGAAAGGAUCAGUUGACUUGGUGGAGGACAGGCCGAAUAUUCUGACAUAAAACUUCAGAACAAGGAUCUUAGAGCGCAGGUAUGAAGGUCGUCUGCUCCAUCCAACGUGGGUUGACUUUUGAACUGAUGAUCGGCGUGUGCUGGUAAUGAAGAGGACUAACAACAGUUCUGUGUAUCCAUGCAGCUCUAAUUUUCCUCACAAACGAUGGCAGGCAAUCCGGCGAUGGUGAUGGUGCUGGCGGGAAACAAGGCCGACUUGGAACCGAAGAGAAGAGUGGACACUGAGGUACGGCAACGUUGACCUCUCUUCUUCUGUGCCUUCUUUCGGUAUGGGGGGAUACAAAGUCAACGGCGGCGGUGGUGCUCAGGAGGGGAAGCUCUACGCGGAGGACAACGGGCUGCUCUUCCUCGAGACGUCGGCCAAGACGGCGCAGAACGUCAACGAGCUGUUCUACGAAAUAGGUACGUAGGGAGGGAGGAAGAGAGAGAGAGAGAGAGAGAGAGGAGAGAAGGGGUUGACUGAAAAAGGCGGCGUUGGUCAACUCCGCAGGGAAGAGAUUGGCGAGGGCGCAGCCUUCGCGGAUGAGCGGGAUGAAGCUACACCGCCAGAGCCGAGGCGGCGGGCAGAGGAGGAGCCUUCCCUGCUGCUCGAUAUGA